AUGGCAAAGGCUAGCAAGAACAAGACGCGAAUGCGAGAGGAAAGCAAGGGGGCCUUCCGAGUAGCCAAAGAGGAAGAAGAAGCAUCUAUUGGUGGCUGUCCUGAGAACAAUAAUCCUGUGCACAAGACUGUCGACGAGGACAAAACGCCACAGGAAAAAGGGGGAUCGAACAAGUCUUCGACAGUAACGGGGAAGAGCAUCAUUAACAGUGGAGACGCCGAGUCAUCGGAUGAAGACGACUUGCUCGAAGCAGCAGCCGCCUGGGCGGAGGGAGACGACGAUGACAAGCAAAUGAAAAACCUUAAGGUGCACCAAUCGAACACCAAAAAGCCGCCCCAGAACAAGAGCAAACAAUCAAAGGACAAGUUGUCAACUUUGAAUGAUAAUACGGCGACUGCCGCAAGCUCGCUUUUAUCGGAGACUUCGCCAGACAGAAUGUGGUCGCUACACAUUACGCAGUUGGACUUUGACACCACCGAGUUCGACCUGCGUCAACAUUUUGUCACGCGAGGAUGCGCGCUUUCGUCCAUUCGACUCGUUUGCGAUCGCGGAUUGAACGGCAAGAAACUGUUUCGGGGAGUUGCCUUUGUCGAUGUCCUGGACGAGGAGUCGUACAAGACGGCAUUGGCCUUAGAUAAAAGUGAUAUGUUGGGACGCAGAAUCAAUGUGCGACCAACCAAGACCAAGUCCGAGUUGGCUGAUAUUGUGCAACGUACCAAAGAGAUUGUAAAGGAAAAGAUAAAAUUGAAUUUAGAAGAAAUGGAUGAGCGAGAGGCUAGCGAAAAGUCGCAUACGUCGCCAAAUACGGAUAAGAAGAGAUCGCGAAAGGACAAGCAAAGAGAUGGAAAGGAGCGCAAACCGAAACGUCGCAAAACCGAAAUGCUAAAGUCCACAGACGACAAUACGAAAGGCAAUGCAAAGACAGAAGCGGUAGUUCCCAAGGAUGCAAAGCAGGCAACAAGAGGGGUCAAGAAUCAAUCUCCCACGGGUUCUAAAACGAUUGGCAACAUAGAUCCGAACCGAAAAUUGUCGAAAAAGGAACGCAAUCGCAAAGCAGCCAUCUUGAUACAAAUGCGAAGAAGAAGAUAG